CCGGUCGGUUCCUUCAGUAUGCCGCGCAACGCGCAGGCUCGCGUACGCGUAUCGUUAUUGUUCCCCUCUGUUCUCGUCAUCUUCGCUCUUCCCUCCUGUCUCGUUAUCCCUCUCUCUCUCUCUCCCUCCCGCUGCCCCCAACGUACGCAGCGCGGCUAGAAUACGCAAGUACAAACAUAACUCGCGGUUCUCGUUGUUUUUCGCGUUUUGCGUGUUGCCCCAUCGUGAAGUUUUUUUUUUUUCCUUCGUGUCGGUCACGCGUGACACAGGGAAAACCGAGAUCCUGAUUGGUCGCACGUGUGUGCACGCCAAGUUCCGUCGACGCAUACACGCGAUUCUCGCAUCGUUCGGGCGGGCAUUGUUCGGAUUCGAAUUCGGGAUCGAGAACCUGUUAUCCACGCGUGUACGUAGUCGUGACACAGUGACACUGUGCGGAAAGUUGACGGAGAACGUGGCUCGUGGACGAAAGACGACGAGGAAAAGAGCGGGAAAUGCUGACGUGCAGCGCAAACCGUUUUGAAAAUCGUUUGACAUGCAAAGGAUACGCGGUCCUCAGCCGGUGGAGGAGACUCGAUGCAGUUAAACCGGAGCCUGCCGAGACGCAGUGAGCGGCAGAACGUGGUUACGAAACGGUUCGAAGGAGACGUGGCACGAAAUGAAGCGAGUGUAUCCCCGCCGCCGUACGAUCGAUAACUAUAGCACCAACACGGCAAAUAUCAAGCGGUUCGUAUUUCCAGCGCGCACGAACCUAACUUACCUGCGCGCUUCGGCCCGUCGUCGUCGUCGUUAAACUCUGUCGAAACACGACGAUCGAAGAAGAAGCUCGUACUUACGGCCGUUUGCUUCAACGAAAGGAUGCCGUCGUGAAAGUUGACAUUCCACAGUCGGUGGCAAGGACGCGUGGAAAGGUAUUCGGAUAAACGGGAUAAUGAAGCCUGUCCAAUGGUUCAGGAAGUAAUUUUCUUCCCGCGCCAUCUUGAUCUGUCGACAAAUCACGAUGACAGGUGGAGAACGCGAUCGUUGAUCGUCGUCGGCUGGAAGUGAUCGACAGAGAUCGUAGUACGAGCGCGUGUAGAUAAGGACGUGCGGGUGGUUCCCGCCGAAAGGUCUCCAGUCCACAGGUUAACGCGCGCGCGAGGAGACAGAAAAUCACGAGAGAGGCGAAUGGAGCAGCGGAGAGAAUCCGAGGCGCUUUUAUUUUUAGCCAACGCCGGUUCGCGCAUCGCAAAAACCGGUUUCCGAGUCUCUACGCUGGGGCCGAGCCACGAGGUAAAGUGCGUAUACUAUAUGUAUACGAGGACGGAAAGGGUUUCGAGCUGAAAGGGGGAGGAAGCAAGAGGAAAAGACACGCGAUAUAAAGGUGGAGUAAUGGAGUCUGUCUUUCUCUAUGUCAGCCGAGAAAGGAAGAAAGAGUGACACGGAACGUGGAAUUCUACUCUUUCUUCUCCCACUUUGGAACUAUCGAUUGCGUGCAUGCACGCGCCUCUGUCCGUACCUCGACGUGCUACGUGACAUCACACCGAGAGUGUGUAAGAUUCGAUCAACGACGAGUGAGUCGACGACGAGAUGCCCGUCGCCGAUGUAAUUAGCCGGCCUUGGUCACAUGUGCGCGAACACCGGUACUUGGUCGUAACAGUAAUUCGCGUUCCGGACCGAUCGUACAACGACGAGGACGACGACGACGACGACGACGACGCCGCCGCCGCAACAGCAGCAGUGUGAACGAAACCGGUGUGAACAAAACGGAAAGUGGAGCCGAUUAAACGGUACUGAAGGUAGGGAAAAAAGUAUUGGAUUGUUGCGUGGCACACGAGAACGAAGAAGACACGAAACGAAACGGCAUGAAGAAUGGCAACCGAUUCAAGCAACCGUCAAGGUGUAAGGGCGGUCGCGACGACGACGACCGAUCCGCAGCGAAGCGAAAAGCGCGCCGUCGCGGCGCGAGGCGCCGCUGGUGCUCUGGCCCUCAGUAUUCUGGCCGUGGUCCUCCAAUCGGCAGCCACCGCGACCCCCACUUGGGGAUAUUUCACGAAUCCUGACGCUGGUUCGGCGGCUGAGAAAGGAUACUUUGGUCCGUGGAGGCAGUGCAAGCUUCUACUGUAUGGUAGGGAAAGAUGCGGCCAAGGGGUUUCCAGGUUUCAGCCAGUGUUGGCUGUGUGGGUAGCAGGAUUAGCCGCAGCGACUGCCUCUGCCCUUUUGGCGAUCUUGGUCGGUCUCGCCGUGUUGCAGCUCGCAAUGGCUUCCUCGGCGAAACGAGUUAUUAUCUCGUACAGCACCGCUCUGAUAGGGAAAGUGGCCCUCGCAACACUAGCCACAUCAUUGGCUAUCGUAGCAGCGAGUCUAUUCGCCCUGCAGACCGAUGACAGAGCCAGCAGCUUCGUUAUCACAAGGGGAGAGGCGUUUUACAUGCAGUUAGCUGCUAUCGCGCUGAACUUUGGCGUACUGGUCGCGGCGGUGUACGAGGGUAUUUACGCUCGACGAGGCGGCGACCCAACCAAGAUUAGGGUUGUCCACGAUCCUCGUGCAGCCACCAUAAAUAAUCCAGGCUACCGGGAACAUCGACCCACGAACGGUGGGAGUAUAUCGAUGACCGACGCUAGCGGCAAACCUUACGUUGGCGGUGCCGGAAACGGUUCGAUGGCGUCGGUGGCUACUUCCGGAAGUGUAACGAGCACGGCUUCGCCACUUCGUAGCUCGCUGAAGAAGCCGAAACCGCUCGGUAUCCACAAUCCCGGUUUCUCGGCGCACAGCCCGACCCUCUCGAGGAACGGUUCCCAGAAGAAGGUGCGAAUUCAGACGCACUCUACCGAGGUUUAAAGCAUUUCACGCAUCGAAUUCGUCCACGAAACAUUCCUAAUGAUAGGGGAACCGCGGUUGCGAACCGUGCGACAACUGAUAUUUUUAUUACAAGAGCGAUCAUAUAAAAAAAAACAAACAUAUAUUACUAAUUUUGUGAUACGAAUUAAAAGCAAUCGCGAGACAUAUCAAAGAGAAACGUCGGAUCGAUCAGAAUCGAUGAUUUCAAUCCUCUGUAACAAAUAUUUUAUUCAUUUAUCUCCGGAGUAAUCAGGAGCAAACAGAAUCUUCAACCAGUAGACGAGAGUGUAAGUGAAAACAUACGUUGUAGAGGGUGGAUUGAUUCCUGCAUUUCACAGCGAUGAAUCCUCGAUUCGAAAAGGGCGAGCACCGAGUGCGAGACUGUUUCCCGAGCGCGGAAGUUUUCCAAUGAUCGCUCGGUUCGUUCAAUUAUUAGAGAACUUCCGGCUGGAAGAGAAACGUUUCGUUCUGUCGAGGACGAGGAUCGAGGAAACAAUCUUGCAGAUUAAAAAGUUCUAACGGAAAGAGAUGAUGAUGGUCUUAUCGCGUGAUGGAAGGACGACCUAGGAAAUGAGCCUCGUUGAUCCAAGUGAUCGAAGAAUCGGGAUGGGAAAUUGCUCUCGGCGUCCAUUCUCCUCGUGUGACGUCUUGGAGCGAAACGGAGCAUCGUAACCUUCGGUACAAGACGACUCCGUACGCCGAUAUUUAUGACUGACGUGACAAUACUGAUUCGGAAAGGACCCUGGGAGUUACGAUCCACCCCCGCGGAGUCCCGUCAACGUUGAUCGACUCGAUAUAAACUUUCUUUCGUCUCGUGUGUUCGUGAUUCCAGUUUUAUUUUAUCCGCUCGCGUUCUCGGUCCUCGGUCUGAACACUGUCAACGCACUGUCAUAAAAGAGUUAUCAAGGCGAAAUUGUAAUUUAUCGAGGAUUCUAUUUUGUAGUCAUAAUCGAGUUUAAAUCGGACGAUGGAAAACGUUAAAAACGUGUCCUCGCAUUCCGAGGAGGAAGAUGCUGCCGAAUUUAGAGGUCUCGAGAUCGGUCCAGAGGAUCGAGAGAGCCAGCCUGUCGUGUUCGGUGAGAUAACAAACGGAUCCCAGCGGAUCCAGCCGUGAACCAAAAGAAAUAUUAACCCUUUGCGGUCUGGUCGCUUUAAGUGAUUAACUCGCAGAAUCAUUUACUUGACCGAGGUAAUUUUUUUAACUACUUAUGUUAUUGUCUCGCUUCUUCGAACAUAUUUUGUUUGAUUAUCGAUGGUUUUUCAUACGGCCAGUAUUUUUAAGAAGUUGACAGAAUCUCUGUCGUGUUCCAAAUGUGUGUGACUGUAAAUUUCUACACGUCGAAGCUAGCAAACGUGCAUUGACUCUAACAUGCUCUCACAUUAAGACCGCAAAAGAUUAACGUGAUCACGUUGAACGACGAACAGCCAAUGUCAAACAGCAGACGUAUUAUACAAUCAGUAAAACGUAAUCGAUUAACCAAGAUUAACGUGUCGGUAAAUAGGUGGGUAACGUGAAACGAUGAAGCGGAAAUUAAAUAGCGCCAACAUAAUCAACGCCGCCCACUGUUUGGUAUUUAAUUAUACGCGAGACUCGUACUCGGAGUCUAAUUGAAACGAUGCAACAACCGCUGUUGGUAUGCAAAUUUCAUUUGGAACGUCGAAACCAUUUUUACUCAUCGUCGUCGUUCAACUGUUUGGUCUGACAUUACGGUUGGAGCCGUUAAGGGUAUUAAGUACUAGGCUGUUGACAGAUCAAAACUGUUUGUUAACUAUCGUUUCUUUUCGAUGCAGGAUUGAAGCUUCGCCGACGAUCUAGCAAAAAUUAUUACGUAUAGAGUUAAUCUCGUAAAUAGUGAAAUAAUUGCUGGAACGCACCAAACGAUUUUUUACGUACAACUUUCCUUAAGUAUUCUUUAUUUUAUAUGGUUAUUAAAACUACACUGUUAGGUAUGUAAGAUAUUUAUCUGGAUAAUAUAUUUAUUACAGAGAUAUGGAAUACUUAAUGAACACUAUGUUUUCACUAAAUUCACCAACCGUGUACGGUUGAAAGAUAUUGAAAUCGACUUUCAGAUUAGUUUUCUAACCUUUUCAUCAGAUUCCUCUCAGAGUGUCUCAAUAAUUCUUGAAUAUGAAUGUACUCUGGUAUCGAUGACGUGUUAUAUCGUUUUUCCUCAUAUUCAAAGAAAAACGAACCAGAGAACGUAUUUUCUGGUUGUUGUUUCAUUUUCUUAAACAAUUCGAUGAAAAUAGUUUUGCUACAUCGGAAGGUAUGUAAAUUAUGAUGAUAUAUUUGUAAAAAAAAAAAAAAAAAAUCGGUAAAUGGUGCGUUUCAGUAAUAAAAUGCGUCGUGAAGUCGCAGGAUACGUGAUACGUUUUCUUCUUUCUAUUACUUACUCCCUCCAAUUCUCCGUCCUUACUUUUUCCGUAAAUAUAUUUCUUAUCUUUUUUUGUUCUUCGUACAUUCGUUUUGAUCGUCGCGUUAUAGAUUUAACGUUCCGUUUCCUCGUCCCGGGGAGCGUAUAUUAUAAAUAAAUUUACUUACUGCGUCGCAUCCGUCCAGCCCUGCGUAGGCAGCUAGCCGUAAAACGGCAACAGUUAUAUAUACAAAUAUAAAUAUAUAAAUAUAUUUAUAUUUUUUAGCGAUUGUUUUAAUAUAUUAUAUAUAUAAAUAUGCGAAAGAAAUUUAUAUAUAAAUAUAAAUAUGUAUAUGUUGCGCGGUGUUCUCGAGAUCUGUUUCGCUCGUGAUUGAUCAUGAGUGGAACAAACACGUUUUACUCGUUAGAGCUGAUUAAUUAUUAUUAUUAUUAUUAUUAUUAUUAUUAUUAUUAUUAUUAUUAUUAUUAUUAUUAUUAUUAAUAUUAUUUUUUAUUAUCGUUACUGUUGGUGUCGUGACACUAUCUUUUUCUAAAGGAAAUUUCUUACGUUUCUCAUUGUUUUGUCCAUAACAUUUUAGGAUCUGCUUCGACGUCAAGUCGACGGUCUUCUUUAGUAUCUUUCUUUAAAUUCUUUUCUUUUUAUCUGUAGGGUUAUCGUGCGUGGAUAGUUGUCGAUGCUUAUAUUUAUUUAAACUGAAGUUUAACUGAUGGUUUGAAAUUAUUUUUCUCAUUCUCUUUUAACGAAUUCGUUGCAAAAUUUUUUCUCGGACCUUUCCUUUUCCGAUUUUAUCAUUUAUUUUAUCGAUUUGCAUCAUACUAUCGAUUAAUCAUAAAUUUAUCCGUACUAUGGCUGAAUUAUAUUUCCCCGUUUGGAAUUUAUCGUAUCGAUCAUUUAGGUACUCAUACACGUGGAUGUUAAUUUGUACCGUUACCUGUUUUCCGUCGAAACAAAUUGCACGAGAUGUACCUUACAAAUCUGCGCAAGAAUUAUUUCGACAACCGCAUCGAAAAAAGAGUAACUUGUAAUUCUCUCAACGGUCAUUUCCAAUGACUUCCGAUCAUUGUAACAAAUGUUCAUCAGUAAUAAAUGUUCUUCUCAUAAAUAUAUGUCUUUAAAGUGUUCAGUAUUAAAAAUUUCGAAGGUUAACAGUUAUUUUAUCAUUGAUAUUUAAUACGUUGUUAAAAAAAUUAUAACAGAGGAAAGAACCAGCAGAGUUUUAUGGAUUUAGAAAAAGCGCUUGUGCGACAUCCGACUGCGACUGCCUUUCAGGAACACGAUAAGAAGUGAGAUUGAUGGGCAGCUUUCAUAACGUGAGGGGAGAACAUUAUCGGAACUAUAAUAUGAAAGUCCGUGUUCCACUUUUUGCACUUUUUUGCUACUCGUUAAAACGAGUAAGACGAUCGUCUUACUUCGUGGUGUGAAUUACGAUAUGCGUCUGGAUAAAUUUUGUAAUGACCAGUAUGAUCUUUGAAAUGUGAAGUGUGAAGAGUGUACGUGAGCAUAUCGAUAAUAAAGGAAUGUCUAUGAUUUA